AUGCUGAUGUUUGCAGGCGACUCGCUGUGUGUUACGUUCCUGGGAAGGUUCUACCAGAGUCUAAAGGACAAUGAUGCUGAGUUCACACCUGCCAGUAUUGAAAAGGAGCUCUUGAAAUCCUGCAGAGAAGCAAAAGGCAAAGAGAACCGCCUGUGCUAUUAUGUUGGGGCCACAAGUGAUGCCGCCACCAAAAUCAUUAACGAGGUAUCAAAGCCCAUGAGUCAUCACAUCCCCGUGGAAAAGAUCUGUGAGAAACUAAAGAAGAAAGACAGUCAGAUCUGCGAAUUAAAAUACGAUGACCUACUCUUCCUGAAAAAGACUAAUGUGAAGAUCAGUCUUGGAAAUGCCUCCUUCUGA